ACCAUGACGGUAACAGGUGUCCUCAAGACUGCCCGUCUACUUAGGCUCCUGCGUGUCAUACGUAGAAUUGAAGCAUUUGCGGAGUAUGGAUCUGCUGUGUUGUUGCUUUUGAUGGUGACCUUCACCUUGAUAGGCCAUUGGCUAGCUUGCAUUUUCUAUGCCAUUGCCACAAUGGAGAGACCACAACUCCAUGCACCGAUCAGGUAAUAUAAACUUGGCACCAGUUUAAAUGGCUUCUAUUGAGCCGGGCAGAGCUCUACAUGAGCCACAUAGAUCAAUGACUUGAGCCACGCUUAUCUCUGACAGAAGACCAACAAGAACUGACAUUAUCCUCGCUUUUAAGUGCCAUAUACCUCGCAAGCAAAGGUAUUAAAACCAUUGAGAUAUUUUGGAAAAAUGCAUUAUUAGUUUUUUGUUAUGGUAGCUAUUAAGUAAUUAAGAAGAACAAUUGAUUUAUCUUAAACAUUUUAGUAAAACAGGUUAUUUAUUUUAAACAAAUUAAGUAGAACAAUUGAUUUAUGUUAAAACCCACAUAAAAACGCAAAAGUGCUCAAAGUUCGCCUAUUUAUGUUACACGUAGUAUCAUAACACUAAAUAAGUCAACACUACUAAGUGGCUCUAAAUUAAGUCUUAAAUAUUACAAUGUAACGACUCCAAAUGCUAUCCUAUAGAUUCAAACUCACUCGAUCUAUUGACGCUCUCUCUAAAUAUCUUUCAAAAUCAUUAAAAAUCUCUUCAGGUUAAUUUCUUCCUGUGAUCUCCAGCCCUCCCAUUUCUUCUUCGUCUUAUGUUUUAAUUAAUCGUAACAUAUCGUUAUUACAGUUGGUUGGAUACUCUAGCCAAUCAGACAGAGAUGUACUUUUACCCAAACGACUCCAUGUCAGGUCCCACAAUCAAGUCCAAGUAUAUCACAGCACUUUACUUCACAUUUACCAGUCUGACCAGCAUUGGAUUUGGAAAUAUAGCUCCAAACACAAACAUGGAAAAAAUAUUUUCAAUCUUUGCAAUGAUGCUCGGGUGUAAGUAUCACUUUCUAAUCUUUCUGUACUUGUUUUUCAGUAUAAUACGUAUAAUAUACAGUGUAAACUAACUGUACCUGUUGUGAGGGUAUAACGUGUAAACUAACUGUACCUGUUGUGAGGGUAUAAAGUAUAAACUAACUGUGCCUGUUGUGAGUGUAUAAAGUGUAAAAUAACUGUACCUGUUGUGAGGGUAUAAAGUGUAAACUAACUGUACCUGUUGUGAGUCUAUAAAGUGUAAUUUAACUGUGCUUGUUUGUGAGUGUAUAAAGUGUAAACUAACUGUGCUUGUUAUGAGUGUAUAAAGUGUAAACUAACUGUGCCUGUUGUGAGUGUAUAAAGUGUAAACUAACUGUGCUUGUUGUGAGUGUAUAAAGUGUAAACUAACUGUGCUUGUUGUGAGUGUAUAAAGUGUAAACUAUAUGUGCUUGUUGUGAGUGUAUAAAGUGUAAACUAUCUGUGCUUGUUGUGAAUGUAUAAAGUGUAAACUAAAUGUGCUUGUUGUGAGUGUAUAAAGUGUAAACUAAAUGUGCCUGUUGUGAGUGUAUAAAGUGUAAACUAACUGUGCUUGUUGUGAGUGUAUAAAGUGUAAACUAACUGUGCCUGUUGUGAGUGUAUAAAGUGUAAACUAUCUAUUUCAUGAUAUGUCUGUGUUUAUACAUGAGUGUUUUAUAAAUUUUCAUAGUAAUUUAUAGGUAUGUGUGUUUAUAAGUUUGUGUUUAUAGAUAUGUGUAUUUAUAAGUAUGUGCAGUGUUUCCUUCAGCGAGCUCUCCNGGGGGGGGGGGGGGGGGGGCGGGGGGAUUACCUCUUCAGUGAUAGUCAAGUACCCCCCUUCUGGUGCAAAAUGUGUACCACAGUAUUACGAUUAAAUAUCUUUUAAUUAAAACAGAUUAAAUUGUUAUUUUAAAAAAGUUUUAAAAAGAAUAGUAUAUGGUGCCUUUCACCGAUUACAAUUAGUUGAAUCUCUGAAAUAUCGCUACCUUCGAUGUAUUUGAUGAUCCAUAUAUAUAUAUAAAUAUAUAUAUAUAUAUAUAUAUAUAUAUAUAUAUAUAUAAGUUGUAUUACUGGAGGCGCCACAGUACAUAGUAAUUUAAAUAAAACCUGCAAAUAGUGGGGGGGGGGGCAAUUGCCCCCCUACCCUACAAAAAUGAUGUCCCUGAUGCCCAUUGUUACGAUAGAGCAAACCUGGCUACUCCAUGGGAAGAUGAUAGCAGCUACAAACUAUACUAUAACUGUCAGCUUUAUUGACAAUAAUCAUAUUUAUACCACAAACAAUGACAUUUAACAAACUUUCAAUUGAUUCUGCAUUAUAAAAUUUACGUGUAAAAACUUUUUAACUUGUUGAUUGUCACACUAAAGAUGUAAUAAAAUAUUUUUCAUACAAUUGUGUGUCAUUAAAAUAGAUCAGCACAAAGUAAAAAGUAUUUAUAAAUUUAUUUAUAAUAUAAUUCCUUUUUUUUGGGGGGGGGAGGGGGUGUCAUUGAAAGUUGGACAGUUGUGGACAAGGGGGGGGGAUCAAAAAUUGCUUUAAAAUUAUUUGAUGUAAUGAAUUAUGAAUGGACCAUCCGUAAAUAACUUAAACUACCUUUUCAUCAAUAUGAAGGUCUACAAUUAUAAUGAUAGUUCUUGCUAAGUAUUAAACACGCACAAUCUAUUUUCAAAUUAUAUUUCAUUAUAAAAGCACUAGAAUAAAUGACCCCAUGUUAUCGGGUUAAUAAUGGUAGAUCCUAUGCGAUAAUUUCUAACUGCUAUUGCAAAAACUCGUCACAAUUCAUAAAUUUACAAAUGUAAUAAUAUAAUGUUUCUAACAUUAUUACGUUUUGAGAAGAAUUUAUCUGCUAUAUAUUAUAGGCCUACCCUACUCCUUUUCACGCUCCGAAACUACUUUGACCCCCCUCUAAACAUGACAUUAAAUGACACAGUCUCAAUUAUGACUAAUUUAUUUCACUUUUGUCACUAAAGAAGUUAAUUGAGGGACAAUUAUACUACGUUUGAUUGACCCCUUUUCGUGCCCUUGAAUUACAACUUUUUUUCUCUAAAAAUGUUUUUAAAAACUUGCCUUAAAUUAACACCCAAAACUCUCUCUAUAUAUAUGAUAUAAAAAUAUUUUAUAUUAUAGGAAUUCGAUAUAUAUUGAUAUCUUCAGCAAAAAUUUAAACACAUUUUUUGCCUUUUUAAAAAAAAAUUAUAUAUUAUCAGAAAAUCGUAAAACAGAGAAUUCUUUUAUCUAAAGAAGAAUUGCGCAACCUUUUUCCACCUCUAUAACAGAUUUGAGUCUUGUUUUUUUUUUAAAUUUAAAUGUUUAAUCUCAUAAAAUACAAAUCUCUUUACUUUUUGCAAAUUAAAAACAAAAAUGUAUUUUAAUUUUUGGAAAGUAAAUAUUAACUCAUCCCUAUUUUUUAAAAUUAAUUUUUCAAGUGUGUAAAAUGAUUAGGUUUUGAUACUCAUGGUUAUACUUAUAUAAAUGUACCCAAGAUUUGUUAACGCCGUUGAUCUUCUUAAUUGGUGAACAUAAGUAUAUUUGUGAAAAGAGAGAGUAACAUCUAUUUUUUCACAUAUGUAAUACCAUAGGAGUUAACUAUGAUGUCAUCCACGUGAAAUUGUACACAUCCUAUUUCCAACCUCUGAAAUGUAUGUUCCCAAAAAGGUUAAUUAUUUAUCAAAUUCAUUCCUUUAUUUUGAGAUGUAGGCUAUCUUGUGCUGCCGGGGGCAAAGUAAACCAUCCCCUCCCCCACCCAGAUUUAAAUAACUUUAGAAAAAUCUUCCACGGGAAUGUAGUCCCUUCCAUACCCAAACUAGAAUAAUGUACACUUCAUAUGGUUCGUCCUUUUUUGUUUUGUUGUAAGUGGAUUAGUCAAUGCUAUUUGGCUAUGGAGUUGCACUGCACUGUUUGACUUAAACCGCAUUUUCUUAUUGUAAUUAUAUUGAAAGGUUAGUUUUUAUUACGUUAGAAUUUUAAUAAAUGUAAAUUUUUGGAAUAAAAAAAGGCACAUUUUUUUAAUGUUAAUAUACACAGCAGAAAUGUGUGUGUGUUCUAUUAACAAUUUAAAAAGCAAUUAAUUGUAUUUAUUAUUUUUACUCUUAAGAAGGGAAAAUACAAUAUCAUUUUUGUCACUCGCGGUUAUUAAAUUUAAAGAAACCUAAGAGUUUUGGAGAAAUAAGGUAUUAGCGCUAUGGCGUCAUUUGCAUGAUUAUUUAGAACAAAUUAAUUUAAAAUUUUAUUUCGCAAUGUUAACAACGCACUAAAAGACGCACUAAAAACGACUGAUGUUUGGGUUUUCCCGAUAAAUGUGAUUAUGGUGUAAUUCUUUGAUAAUGAUUUUUUUUUCAUAACUUAAACACAUAUAAAAUUCUUAAAAUAGUUCCUUAGAUGAUACUUUAAAUGUAUUUGUAAUUUAUAAUAAUUAUAAUUCUUAAACGUUUUCUAAAAUAUAAGUGGAUUUAAAUAUUUUUGCGCAUUUAAAUUUAUUCGAUUUUCUGUAAAUUAAUAGAAAAUAACUAUGAUUGUUUUUAGGAAUCCGAACCUACUUAAUUAGUAUCUCCCUUUUGGCGUUAUGUGACUCUAGCUCAUUCUUAUAUAUAUAUAUAUAUAUAUAUAUAUAUAUAUAUAUAUAUAUAUUACUUAUAAUGUAGGGAUAGGUGUUAAUUAUAAUUGUAUGAUGGCAAUUAGGCUUUAAAAAUAUUUUUAUUGGCAUAAUUAUACAUGUAAACCAUUCCAUUAAUACUUUAAAAAAAUGAGAGAUAUUUUUUUUUAAAUUAAGAAUUAGCGGUCGCAUACACACGGGGCAGAUUUUAGUAAUGAUUAGUAACGGUCGCAUAAAAACAGGGCAGAUUUCAUCAAUGAUUAUAUUGAAACGCUUGAUUGUGUUUUCUUUAAAAGUGUUAAUUUUGUGACAAAGUCUCCACAGUAUCAGAGGUUUCAAAUCUAUAUAGCCCAUAUUCAUUCAAUUCCCAAGUGCUUUUGUUUUUUAACAUCAGAUAAUAAACAAACUGUCCCAUCGAGUUGCACUUUUUUUAAAAAGUAAUAGUAACAUUUUUUUUUCUAGAUGAAAAUCUAUAAAAAAGCUAACAACAGAAGAUUUUUUUAAACUAGCAUCUCCUCUGUUUCUCUUCGACUGUAGAAUGUUGCAAAACUAAAUCAAAGUAUUUCCUAAAAUGCAUUCUUGCAUUUUGAAUUUAUCAAAAAUUUUCUAGGGACUAGUAUAAAGAUUUAAUAGGUGAAAUCAAGCUGGGAAAAUGCCUUCCCUCAAGGGCGCCAUAACUGGAAUGAAUUGAGUGCAUGUCCCGCUGGUGCGGCGUUAAAGUUGUAUCUUAUCAUUAGUAUGGCUCAUUUGGGCCAUUUCAACGCGAAAGUUGUAUCUUAUCAUUAGUAUGGCUCAUUUGGGCCAUUUCAACGCGAAAGUUGUAUCUUAUCAUUAGUAUGGCUCAUUUGGGCCAUUUCAACGCGAAUGUUGUAUCUUAUCAUUAGUAUGGCUCAUUUGGGCCAUUUCAACGCGAAAGUUGUAUCUGAUCAUUAGUAUGGCUCAUUUGGGCCAUUUCAACGCGAAAGUUGUAUCUUAUCAUUAGUAUGGCUCAUUUGGGCCAUUUCAACGCGAAAGUUGUAUCUUAUCAUUAGUAUGGCUCAUUUGGGCCAUUUCAACGUGAAAGUUGUAUCUUAUCAUUAGUAUGGCUGAUUUGGGCCAUUUCAACGCGAAAGUUGUAUCUUAUCAUUAGUAUGGCUCAUUUGGGCCAUUUCAACGCGAAAGUUAUAUCUUAUCAUUAGUAUGGCUCAUUUGGGCCAUUUAACGCGAAAGUUGUAUCUUAUCAUUAGUAUGGCUCAUUUGGACCAUUUCAACGUGAAAGUUGUAUCUUAUCAUUAGUAUGGCUCGUUUGGGCCAUUUCAACACGAAAGUUGAUUCUUAUCAUUAGUAUGGCUCAUUUGGGCCAUUUCAACGCGAAAGUUUUAUCUUAUCAUUAGUAUGGCUCAUUUGGGCCAUUUCAACGUAAAGUUGUAUCUUAUCAUUAGUAUGGCUCAUUUGGGCCAUUUCAACGCGAAAGUUGUAUCUUAUCAUUAGUAUGGCUCAUUUGGGCCAUUUCAACACGAAAGUUGUAUCUUAUCAUUAGUAUGGCUCAUUUGGGCCAUUUCAACACGAAAGUUGUAUCUUAUCAUUAGUAUGGCUCAUUUGGGCCAUUUCAACACGAAAGUUGUAUCUUAUCAUUAGUAUGGCUCAUUUGGGCCAUUUCAACACGAAAGUUGUAUCUUAUCAUUAGUAUGGCUCAUUUGGGCCAUUUCAACACGAAAGUUGUAUCUUAUCAUUAGUAUGGCUCAUUUGGGCCAUUUCAACGCGAAAGUUGUAAAUGUUCCCUCAAAAUGCUCUGAAAGAAUCACUGAAUUCAUCAAGUAUGCGCCAAAGUCCACCCCUGAAAUUAGAAUGUGCGCGACUGUCUUCAGCACCCUCAAUUUCUACACCCCUUCCCUCACGCUGAUCAUUGUUAAAUUAUAGGGUUGAAUAUAAUCUUGUGUUAAAUUAUUGCCCUGAGACCCUCCACAACUAAAGUGAAUUCAGUUUAUAUAUGACACUGUCACCAAAAUGCCUCCCCAGACCCUUAAAAAUGCCCUUCCCCGAUCAAAAAGUCUAAUAGAAACUAUGAACAACAAUCAACAAUACUUUAAAAUGCACCUCUUGAUUUUGAAAUUAUAAAGAAAAAUUUUGGAGAGAAGGCUCCCAGACACCUCCACCGCUGAAGACUCAACUUAAUUACUUACGUUACUUACUUACUUAUGCCUUUUACCCCGUCUUAAGAAUAGGGCGUCUACGAGCAUUUCCCAUUUAUCUGUGUCCUGCGCGUUCCUUUCCAGUUGCUUCCAUGUAUUUCUCAUACUUUGUGUGUCUGCCUCUAGCUCGCGUCUUCGUGUAUUUUUAGGGCUUCCUCUUUUUCUUUUUCCCUGUAAAUUUCAUGUUAGGGAUUGUCUGGUGAUAUUAUCUGGGGGUUUGAGGACAGUGUGCCUUAUCCACAUCCACCUUUUUCUUAUGAUGUCUUCAGCAAUGGGCUCCUGGUAUCUAGUAAGUCUUUGUUAAUGAUGGUGUUUGGCAAUUUGAUCUUCAGGAUCUUUCUAAGGCAAGUGUUUAUCAAGGUUUGUAAUUUAUGCGUAAUGCCCGCUAUUGUUCUCCAAGUUUCGGCUCCAUAGAGUAGGACUGUUUUGACAUUUGUGUUAAAAAUUCUGACUUUGGUUUUGAGUCUGCUCCUUUUAUCUCCAUAUUUUCUUUACUAGCCAAAUGCUGACCUAGCCUUUCCAAUUCUAUCCCUGACUUUCCCUUCAGAUCCACCGUUUAAGUCAAUGGCGAAGUCAAAGAAUGUGAAGGCCUCCACUUCUUCCAGUGCAUUGCCUACCAGAGAGAUAUGCUUUUGGUUGGCUGAGUUUAUCAUUAUUAUCUUUGUUUUGUUUUUAUUUAUAUAAAUAAAACAAGCUACUAUUAGUGCCACCAUGGGGGCCAAAUAUUUUUGUCGCUUUCUCUUUUACCAUAUAAACUCUGCAGUUGUCCGAAAAUCCCGCACCUCCACAUAAAGGAAAAGUGACACCUGGGUGAACAACCUCACCCUUCCCAUUUUUACGCCACUGGCAAGGGCGUAACUAGAGUCAAGGGACAUGAUUUAUUUGUAUGCGACCCCACUGAAACUAAUUAUUUUCAACCAUCAAAGCCAGUUUUGGUGCCCCCGCUAGUUUAGCGACCCGGGAAGUAAGCCCCAUCUGCCACCCCUUAGCUACGCUUCUGGUCACUUCCCAUUGGCAACUGGCACUGCCCCCUACCCCCGAAAAUCUUAAAUGCUCCCCCACGGGGGGAGUCUGAAAGAAACACUGGGUAUGUGUGUUUAUAGGUGUGUGUAAAAUUAAAGUCUCUAUUUUACAUGUAUGUGUAGUUCUAUGUUUGAGUUUAUAAGUCUGUGUGUUUAUAGGUAUGCUCGUUUAUGGGUAUGGGUAUAAUCAAAAGUAUGUGUGUGAUUAUAAAUCUGUGUAUUUAUAGGUCUGUGCGGCAAUGAUCGGUUUGUGUGACGUUACUGCCUAUCUGUUGUUAAAUUGGUUUGUUUACAAUACUGUCUUGUUGAUACUUGUAUGUGUUGUUCAUAGGUCAGCGUGUUGUUGAUACGUGUGUGUGUUGUUCAUAGUUCAGAGUGUUGUUGAUACUUGUGUGUGUUGUUCAUAGUUCAGAGUGUUGUUGAUACAUGUGUGUGUUGUUCAUAGUUCAGAGUGUUGUUGAUACAUGUGUGUGUUGUUCAAAGGUCAUUGUGCUGUUGAUACGUGUGUGUGUUGUUCAAAGGUCAUUGUGUUGUUGAUACGUGUGUGUGUUGUUCAUAGGUCAGUGUGUUGUUGAUACAUGUGUGUGUUGUUCAUAGGUCAGUGUGUUGUUGAUACAUGUGUGUGUUGUUCAUAGGUCAGUGUGUUGUUCAUACGUGUGUAUAUUGUUCCUAGGUCAGUGUGUUGUUGAUACGUGUGUGUGUUGUUCAUAGGUCAGUGUGUUGUUUAUACGUGUGUGUAUUGUUCCUAGAUCAGUGUGUUGUUGAUACGUGUGUGUGUUGUUCAUAGGUCAGUGUGUUGUUGAUACGUGUGUGUAUUGUUCCUAGAUCAGUUUGUUGCAAAUUCAUGUGUGUAUUGUUCCAAGGUCAGCGUGUUUUUGAUACUUGUGUGUGUUGUUCAUAGGUCAGCGUGUUGUUGACACGUGUGUGUAUUGUUCCGAGGUCAGUGUUUUGUUGAUACUUGUGGGUGUGUUGUUUAUAGGUCAGCGUGUUGUUGAUAAGAGUGUGUGCUGUUCAUAGGUUAAUGUGUUUUGAUAUUUGUGUGCUUGUUUCUGAUAGGUUGUCAAAAAAAUGUAUACUCAAACUAAAGAAAAUGACAAAACCCAUUAGGAAUAAGGCGGAGUACUGUUGUGUGGCAUGGUCGAUGGGUGUGAUGUAUGAAGAGAGCUGCCGUUGCCAUCUUUUGGCCACCCUCCCAUCAUUGGGCUUACGCUCUCAAAAAUGAAUGUUCUCUCCUCAUAUUUAUGAAUCGAUUUUCUUUUGAUAAAUCCAGUAUCGAGUCUGUUUUCAUAAUCGAUGCUUACGAUCCAUAAUACAAUACUCGAUAAAUGUACCCUGAAAUACCGUUGAAUCAGAUGUAGAGUAUAUAUUUGCUUUUAUACUGCAGAUGUAGUCUAUGCUUCGCUGUUAUACUGUAAAUGCAGUCCAUGUUUUGCGGUUAGACAUUUUUUCCAAGUUUAAACUGGAGCAACGGCGGGUAGAUUGGCUAGUACAUUAUAAAAUUGUUAUGAUGUCAAGAUAUAUUUCAUUUCUUCUAUAAAUCCUACCCUCAUGAUGUCAAAAUAUGUUAUUGUCAUGUCACUGUAUAUGUCACUGUCAUAAUAUCCCUUUAUAUGAUGUCCUUUUACAAUUUCAAAAUAUAUAUCCCUCACAUGAUGUCACUAUAUGUCACAAACAUGACUUGAGAAUGAUUUAAUUAAAUAUUUUCAUGAGUUCCUAUAACACACUAACGUUGUACUAAAGACCACCACCCGAGCAGUUCGACCCGCGUUGAGAGAUCUUCAUUGUUGACCAAUGCUGUUGAUCAGGAAACCCCAAAAGGGAGUGAGGUCGCCGAAUGAAUCGCCAUCAAAUAUUGACUCCCUUGACGCCGGAGUGAAGACGCCAGAUUACAUGGAACGGAACGAGACUAUAUUUGCUAGACUCAUAUCUUUGGGUGCUGACUGACGUGUUGGUCCUGACAUCGACCAUCAAUCUAUUCAAAGAACCGGACCAUCAGAAUAUUUUUUCAUGGGCCGCUGUCUGCUGUCUGCUGUCUGCUGUCUUACCAUACGAGCGCUGUUACAGGGCGAGCUUUCAUUGGUUGGACUUUUCUUUUAGCCUCUGUGGAUUUUCUCCGUUGUAGUUGGCAUGUCGCCAAGGGUUAAUUCACAGCUAGCGUUGUCUGGAGACUCAGUUGUCUUACGUAUCGUUUAGAUUUAGAGUUUAUUUUCUCAGAUUGUUUGAAUGUGCUUGUCUCAGAUGUGGUUGGAUUUGAUGUGCUUGUGUCAAAUAUGGUUGGAAUGAAUGUGCUUGUCUCAGAUAUGGUUGGAUUUGAUGUGCUUGUGUCAAAUAUGGUUGGAUUGAAUGUAGUUGUCUCAGAUGUGGUUGGAUUUAAUGUGCUUGUGUCAAAUAUGGUUGGAAUGAAUGUGGUUGUCUCAGAUGUGGUUGGCGUGAGUGUGGUUGGAUUGAAUAGUGUUGUCUCAGAUGUGGUUGUUCUCUAAUUGUGUUUAUAUCUUGUUGCUCCACUUACAUGUAUGCUGGAAUAAAACAGAUCUCAAUUAACUGACCCUGUCCCUCCAUGUCCCCUUCUGCAAAAGACUGCCCCCCCCCUUAUGGAUCAUGUUGACCCCUUCUGUCAACUUUUUUCCAUAAUGCGUCCUUCUGCCCUCCAGUGCCCCAUACUGCUCUAUACUGCCCCCAUGCAGCACAACCCAAAGCUGAUCUUAUACAAACUCAGUGUGUAUGGGUGUAGUGAAGGCAGUAAAAAAAAAUCCUCCAUUUGAGGACCCUCCGAGGGCUGUAAUUGACUCGUGAUCCAUGUUCACAUUGUCAACCCUGUGUCUCCCGCUGCCAAGGAUGGAAUCGGCCUGAGAAUUUAUCGUUUGUCAAGUACAAACUCCAGUUAUAUUUAAAUCGUAUAUGUCUAAUGAACACUCGUUCAAACAUCGGUUGAUUGAUCAUCUACACACUAAGAUGGAUCUAUGGAAAUACUCGCUGCUCCAAAUGCAGAAUCGACACACAUUCAAAUGAAACGUCUCAAAAUGAAUCCGCCCUAGAAAUGUGUCCACGAUACCGAUCUUCCUGGGAUCAAUGGACCGGAAAUGACGCUGGCCCUGAAAGCUGCUCAUUUCCCGCCCUUAACAGCCAAGAGUUCCCUCCCCCACUCUUCAAAUCUCCCAGCACAAAAUUCACCAUAAUAUCACUGCUAUCUUAGAAAGAUUUAGUUUGCAAUAGUUUUAGAGGAACAACUUAUAAGAUAUUCAGUGGUAUUUUUCGUCUUAAUGAGCACCUAAACAAUAUUUACUUUAUUACAAUGUAAAUUUCAUUGUAUUACUAGACUCUAUCAAUGACUACAUUGUUAGACUUAAGGGAUAAUAUUGUUUAUAUCCUACCAGCCCUUAAUACCAGCAAGCUGAAGAGAGCACCCUUAACGCCUCAUAUGCUAAUUGAGAGCGCUCUGUAUGCCUGGUAUGCUGAUUCAUAACGCCCUUUAAGCCUAAAACGCUUAAAGAGAACGCCCUUUACGCCUGUCACGCUAGAUGAGAACGCCCUUUACGCCUGUCACGCUAGAUGAGAACGCCCUUUACGCCUGUCACGCUAGAUGAGAACGCCGUUGUCUCUAGUUCAAAAUGCCUACUAAUUGAUGUCAUUGUCUGAUGUUCUUGUAAUGCUACUUAAUUAUUUUAAUGUCUUAUGUCCUACACAAUCAUGUCAUUAUCUUAUGUCAUACAAAAGCAUGUCAUUGUCUUAUGUCCUUCAAAAAGGAUGUCAUUGUAUACAGAUUGAUUUUGCUCAAACAGUGCGAAACCUGGGUGCUUGGAUAGAACACUAACUAUUGAAAAUCACAUUAACAUGCUUUGCAAGGCGAAUUUUCUAGAGCUGCGCAGACACUGUCAUAUCAGACCUUUCUUAACGUUUGAUGCAACAAAUAGACUGUUGUCUAUAUUCGUGCUAUCACGCAUGGACUACUGCAAUGCUCUCAUGGUGGGUCCUCCAGCUACGCUCCUGGAUAAAAUUAAAAAAGCACAGAAUUAUGCGGCUCGCAUUGUUCUGGGUAAAUUCAGAUUAGACCAUGCUAAAGCACUUCUAAGAGAGUUGCAUUGGCCGCCGGUCCGCGCUCGCAUAGAGUACAAAAUUGCAACUCUGUGCUACCGCUGCUUGCUUGACCUGGCACCGUUCUAUCUCAAAGCGCUCAUGAAAACUUAUGUACCCACCAGACACCUCCGCUCAUCCAAUAGUGGCAAACUCUCGAUACCACGUGUUAGCCUUGAGAAUUACGGAAGGCGCACUUUCGCAUUUGUUGGUCCAACAAUUUGGAACACACUUCCUGACGCUCUCAGAAAUUGACAGACACUGGAGUCUUUCAAAACCGAAUUGAAAACACAUCUAUUUCGCUAACACCUGCUGGGGUGAUUUUGUCUACCAUCUUUCCUGCUGGCUUUAUCUCCUAGAUGUAUAUUGGCCUGUGUUGUUUAUGUUUGCAAGCGAUGAAAGACUUAGAAUGGGUAUUCUCGUAUGUAGAUUUGUUAAUGUUACGUUUUAUAUUUCAAUGUGGUAUAAUAUUGACUUUUUCAUUUCUCUUUUAAUAUGGUUGACUUUGUACCGCGCUUCGAGCCUUUGGGGAUGAAGCAUGCUUUUCAAAUAACUUUUAUUAUUAUUAUUAUUAUUAUUGUUGUAUAUUGUCCUACACAAUGAUGUCAUUGUGUUAUUUGCCUAUAAACUUGCACUUAUGUUUUAUUUCUUAUGUUUCUUUAGCUUUACUAAGUGCAGCUAUUUUUGGUAACGUUUCUUCCAUAAUGCUGCGAGUCUACCAAGGAUCCGAUGAAUAUCACGAGAAGGUUCAGAGUGUCAAGGAGUUCGUCAACUUUCACCAUAUUCCAAAAACUCUGGCUAAUCGAUUACAAGAAUCGUUUCAACAUACCUGGUCAUAUACUAACGGCAUCGACAUGAACAAUGUAAGGAACCUCUGAAUUCCAUUAAUUGAUAUUUUUAUGACACAAUAAAGUUGUGUUAAAAUACCAGGACAUUGAUUGGUCAUUUAAAAGGCAAGAUAAGUUAAUAUCAUGAUGUUCAUAUUUCUUACUUAUGAACAACGGAAUAAAUACAAAAUUAAACAACUGUAAAAACAAAGUUUCUCGUAUAUAUCUUUUAUAAAAUGUAAUAUUGAGGAAGGGGGGGGGGGGGGGGGGGGGCUGAACAUUUGACGAAAAAUGCGUUCAAGUAACGCAUUUUAUAAAAAUCCCAAUUAAUGCGCCCCCCACCCCUAAAAAAAUCGACUGGCAACCACUCGCAAUAAUACAAUUAUUUUUAAUUAAUUUCUACUUUAUAUAGUUAAAUGUUUAAUACCUAUUAAUAUUAAGAAAAUGAAAGAAAUUGAAUAGACACAAGCUCCAUCAUUCAAAUAUAGAUCAGAAGAACGAAAAGAUAGUACACUAUAAAUGCGGAAAAAACGUAGCAGCUAUAUAAAAUUGUGAAUUAGAUUGUUACCGAUGGAGUCAACGUACCAAAUAUUUUGAUUUCUUUAUUUUACACAAAAAUUCUUUCAGUUGUAAUCUCGCAUUGCAAUAUACCAGUAGCUGCAAUGUCUGAUAUGGCAUUGCUGUUAGCACUGUUGGAAUGUUUCCAAACGGGACAAAUGGCUUGUUUUCGUCUGUUGCACAGGUGUUCUUUCAAACGGUCUCAAAGCGACGGUCUUUCUCACUUAGGAAACAUUUUCCUAACCUUUAGUGUCAUGCAAUGUUCAUUCAUUUAGUUCGGUCACUGGAUUAGGAAUUUGGUUUUAAUCCAGACGGGUACAAGUUAAAUCCCUCUCUAAACCUAGAUUUGUCUGGAGUCAAAACAUUUGGGUUGACAACUGUUGACAUGGCUCUGUUUGUGACAUCAUUGGUAGUCACAUCUGUGGUAGCCACAUCAUUGGUAGCCUCUUCUCUGGUAGCCACAUCAUUGGUAGCCACAUCUCUGGUAGCCAUAUCAUUGGUAGCCACAUCUCUGGUAGCCACAUCAUUGGUAGCCACAUCUCUGGUAGCCACAUCUCUGGUAGCCAUAUCUCUGGUAGCCACAUCUCUGGUUGUCAAAUUUAUGGUCGUUACAUCUAUGGUUUUCUCAUCUCUGGUUGUCACAUAUAUGUCACAUCUCUUGUUUUCAUAUCUCUGGUUGACUGUCAAAUGUCUGUAAAUCUCUUACAGUCACAUCUGAGGUUAGCGUAUCUCAGUUUUAUUCAUGCUGCGCUAUCCAAUUAUUGUCAGACAUUAUCAUCGCCAUCUUGCUUUCCAGUCUUGCGCACUGACCGGAAGUCUGUCUUCCAAUACGUCUGCUCACAGAUCGGCCAUGAAUAGAAACGAACUACUUUGUGUUUCCUAGCACGCUCAUCUUUCUCCGCCAUUUAGCGGAGUAAUUUCCGCCCUACGGAGUAGAAAAUUAAGAAGGAACUCUCCGGGCAGUUUUUGAUUGAGUAAAUAAAGGCAAAGUUGUGUUAGUUGGACGAGACGCCCAGAAUGUUCUCUAGACAAAUGGAAACAUCGGCCAUAAAGACUGAACAAAACUCUGAAAUCAUUUCAUUGCCAGAGACAGACAUAUGAGAUAAAAAGUUGGGAGAAUAGAUGGUGUGGGGAAGAUGGUGGCGAGAGACGGUGUGAGAGUGAUGGUGGGGAGACAUGAAGUGUGAGAGAGGCCGGGACACAAAGGCCCUGUUAGGGGGAGGGGAGAGGCUGGGUGGGAGAGGUGUGGAAGAGGUGUGGGAAUUGAUGUGGGGGAGAUGGUGUUUGAGUGAUUGAAGUUGGAUGAUAAUGGAAGGUUGAUUUAAGAUGGAUGAUUGAGAGUGAACGAUAAAAGUAGGGGUAAACGGUAUUUGAAAAGGGUAUCUGAGCUGUAGUUGCAAAUUAAAGUUGUGGAGAUAGAUAAUAAGAUACAGUGGACGGAAAGAGAAAAUGUGGUGGUGGUGUGGGGAGAGAGGGUGGGAAUUUGUUGUUGGGAAGGACGAUCGGGAUUUUGUGUGGGGGUGUGUUGGGCUGUGUGGGGGUGUGGGGCUGUGUGGGGGUGUGUUGGGCUGUGUGGGGGUGUGUUGGGCUGUGUGGGAGUGUGUGGGGCUGUGUUGGCUCGUUAUAGGUGAAGGGAUAGGUUAUGGGGUAGGUGAUGGGGCUGUGUGGGGGUGUGUUGGGCUGUGUGGGGGUGUGUUGGGCUGUGUGGGAGUGUGUGGGGCUGUGUUGGCUCGUUAAUAGAAAAUGGUGUUUAUGUUUCAGAGGUUGAAUUGAGAACAGUUAAGGUGGGUUAGUGAGAAAUUGAGACAAGUUGAGAUGGGAAAAUGAGACAAGAAGAGGUGAGAAAAGUGAGACAAGUAGCUUUGACAAAGUGAGACAAGAAGUGAUGUGAAAGUGAGAGGUAGUCAUAAACACUCAUCUACAUAUAAUUACAUCAUCUACAUAUAAUCACAUCAUAUACAGACUACCGAAUAAACAAAUUUAACAAAUAUACUUUAUUGGUACUUGGUAUACAGGUGCAAGCGCACGUACGCUAUUUAACUUAAGUUAUCUAGGUUACAUCUAUGGUUCGUGUUAGACUGGUGAUAUUAAGAUUCGUGUUUAGACAGGUGAUAAUAUGAGUCGUGUUUAGACUGGUGAUAUUAAUAUUCGUGUUUAGACAGGUGAUAAUAUGAGUCGUGUUUAGACUGGUGAUAUUAAGAUUCGUAUUUAGACAGGUGAUAAUAUGAGCCGUGUUCAUACAGGUGAUAUUAAAAGUCGUGUUUCCACUGCCCUACGUUGAUGUUACCUACGAAUCGUAUUUUGAUUUGUGUUACAGGUCUUAAAGGGAUUCCCAGAGUGUCUUCAAGCAGAUAUUUGUUUACAUCUUAAUCGAAACUUGCUACAGAACUGCAACGCUUUCAAGGGAGCUAGUCCAGGUUAGUACAGGUGUAUAGUUAAUAUAGCAUGAGGACAGGUGGAGAGAGAAAAUAAGUGGCAUGUGGAGGAUUGGUAAAGAUUAAUUGAGAGAAAGGUGGUUGGAAGGAAGAUAGUUGAGCGAAUCGUGGUUGAAAAGAAAAUAUUGAUUUGAUGGUAAUGGUGUAUGUUGGAUGGAAAUAAUGGAUUUUUAGGAGAAUUUUGGAUGGCAAUCGUUGAUUGCUUGAUAGGAAUUAUUGAUACUGGAGGGGCGGUUUGAGGAAAUUCGUGGAUGUUUGAACGGAAUGGUGGAUGUUGAAUGGGAAUGGUGGAUGUUGAAUGGGAAUGUUUAAUUUUGGAAGGGAAUGGGGAAUGUUUGAUGAGAAUGGUGAAUGUUUGAUGAGAAUGGUGAAUGUUUGAUGAGAAUAGUUGAUGUUUGAUGAGAAUGGUGAAUGUUUGAUGAGAAUAGUGGAUGUUUGAUGAGAAUGGUGAUUGUUGGAUGGAAAUUGUGGAUGUUGGACAAAAAUGGUGGAGUUGUUUUGCAAUUGUGGAUGUUGAAUGAGAACGAUGACUUUGGGAUGGGAAUUGUGGAUGUUGGAGGGAAAUUGUUGAUGUUGGAUGAGAAUGGUGGGUUUUAGAUGUAAAUGGUGCAUGUUGGAUAGAAAGUUAUAAUUUUAGAAGAGAACGGGGGUUUUGUUUGGGAAUCAUGAAUACUUGAUAGGAAUGGUGAAUGUUUGAUGAGACUGGUGGAUGUUUGAUGAGACUGGUGGAUGUUUGAUGAACAUUCUGAAUUUUGGAUAGAAAUGAUGGAUGUUGGUUAGAAAUGGUGAAUGUUGGGAGAGAAUAAUGGAUGUUUGACGAGAAUUGUAGAUUUUGGAUGGGAAUGUAGAUGUUAGAUAAGAAUGUUUGGUUGUUGACGAGAAUCGGAGAUUUUGGACGGGAAUUAUGGAUGUUGGAUGGAAAUGGUGGAUUUCGGAUGGAAAUGGUGGAUUUUGGAAUGUUAAAUUUUGAGAAGGAAUGGAAUGGUGGGUGUUGAUUGGUUAUAGUGUUUUUUUAUGGUAAUUGUGGGUGUUGGAAGAGAAUGAUGAUGAUUGAUGGUAAGUUGUAUUGGAAAGGGGGGUGUCUAAAUUUUCUCUCAUCAUCUAAUCCACGCUGUUGUUACAGGUUGUCUUCGUGUUUUAUCCACGAAAUUCAAGUCUACACAUGCGCCCCCUGGUGACACCCUUGUGCACCCAGGUGAUAUCCUCACGGCUUUGUACUUCAUAGCCCGAGGUUCCAUUGAAAUAUUAAAAGAUGAGACAGUAAUGGCCAUUUUAGGUAAGUGGGUCAUGUCAUUUAUGGAAUUACUUGUCGAUUAAUGUCAGUAAGGAUAAAUCUAGGUUAGUGGGUCACGUCAGUAAUGGGCAUUUAAGGUAAGUGAGUAAUGGCAGUAAGGUUGGUGGUUUAUGACAGAAACUAGUAAUAAAAAUACUAGAUAAUGGGGUCAUGGCAGUCAUUGUAAUUUUAGGUAAAAAGUAAUGUCACUAUGGUAAGUGGGUUACGUCUGUAUGUAUUCGAUAUGCCCACUAACCUGCCUCUCUAACCUGUCUCUCUAACCUGCCUCUCUAACCUUCCUCUCUAACCUGCCUCUCUAACCUGCCUCUCUAACCUGCCUAUCUAACCUGCCUAUCUAAUCUGCCUAUCUAAUCUGCCUCUCUAACCUGCCUCUCUAACCUGCCAAUCUAACCCGCUUAUCUAAUCUGCCUAUCUGACCUGCCUCUCUAACCUGCCUCUCUAACCUGCCUCCCUAACCUGCUUAUCUAAUCUGCUUAUCUAAUCUGCCUAUCUAAAUCUAAACUGCCUAUCUAAACUGCCUAUCUGAUCUGCCUAUUAGCACGAUUCGUUCUGCUUAUUUACGUCUUUGGACCCUUCAUUUGAAUAAACGACUAUUUUUGUACAGCGUACUUCAACCUUAACUAAAUCAGUUUGUUUUUGUGAGAAAAUUAUUUGUCGAUUAUUAUUUUGUCGGAAGUUGUUAAUCUUUAAUUUUACCAUCUGUUUUACUGUCUCUCAUUGGUUUACCGCCUGUAUUGCUGCCCCAAAAUAGUUUACCAUCUGUAUUGCUGUCCUUGAUUGUUUACCAUCUGUAUUACUGUCCUGAUUGUUAACCAUCUGUAUUGAUGUCCUGAUUGUUUACCAUCUGUAUUCCUGUCCUGAUUGUUUACCAUCUGUAUUGCUGUCCUGAUUGUUUACCAAUAGUAUUGUUGUCCUGAUUGUUUACCAUCUGUAUUCUGUCCCAAAAUGGUUUACCAUCUGUAUUGCUGUCCAUGAUUGUUUACCAACUGUAUUCCUGUCCCUGAUUGUUUACUAUCUGUAUUGUUGUCCCUGAUUGUUUACCAUCUGUAAUCCGGUCUUGAUUGUUUACCAUAUGUAUUUCUAUCCUGAUUGUUUACCAUCUGUAUUGAUGUCCUGAUUGUUUACCAUCUGUAUUGAUGUCCUGAUUGUUUACCAUCUGUAUUGAUGUCCUGAUUGUUUACCCUCUGUAUUGAUGUCCUGAUUGUUUAACAUCUAUGUUGCUGUUACUGGUUGCUUUACCAUCUAUAUUGCUGUCUAUGAUUGGUUCUUUGUCUUUCAAUGAUAAUAAGAGGCCCUUUUAAGGCUGCAGUGAAAAUAUAAAACAAGACACACUGAGAAAAUACGACAACCCUAUGUGGGCCUUGUCUAGCCCAGACGUGCCUAUCUCUAUCGUCUUUAUGAUGAAAAAUGUAGCUUGUUAUAGCGAUUGUUGUGUUGUUUAAAGGUGAACUUACAAUUCUUAUUUGUUGUUCUAUUAACAGGUCGAUUAAAAACUAAAUCAUAAAACUAGGUUAGUGGGUCAUGUCAGUAAAGGUCAUUUAGGUAGAUGGGUCUUGACAGUAAAGGUCAUUUAAGUAUAUUUGUUCUUGACAGUAAAGGUCAUUUAGGUAUAUUUGUUCUUGACAGUAAAGGUUAUUUAGGUAUAUGGGUCUUUACAGUUAAAGUCAUUUAGGUAGAUGGGUCUUGACAGUUAAAGUCAUUUAGGUAUAUGGGUCUUUACAGCUACAGUCAUUUAGGUAGAUAGGUCUUGACAGUUAAAGUCAUUUAGGUAGAUGGGUCUUUACAGUUAAGGUCAUUUAGGUAGAUGGGUCUUGACAGUAAGGUCAUUUAGGUAUAUGGGUCUUGACAGUAAAGGUCAUUUAGGUAUAUGGGUCUUGACAGUUAAGGUCAUUUAGGUAUAUGGGUCUUGACAGUAAAGGUCAUUUAGGUAGAUGGGUCUUGACAGUUAAGGUCAUUUAGGUAUAUGUGUCUUGACAGUUAAGGUCAUUUAGGUAUAUGGGUCUUGACAGUAAAGGUCAUUUAGGUAUAUGAGUCUUGAUAGUUAAGGUCAUUUAGGUAUAUGGGUCUUGACAGUAAAGGUCAUUUAGGUAUAUGGGUCUUGACAUUUAAGGUCAUUUAGGUAUAUGGGUCUUGACAGUUAAGGUCAUUUAGGUAGAUGGGUCUUGACAGUUAAGGUCAUUUGGGUAUAUGGGUCUUGACAGUAAGGUCAUUUAGGUAUAUGGGUAUUGACAAUUAAGGUCAUUUAGGUAGAUGGGUCUUGACAGUUAAGGUCAUUUAGGUAUAUGGGUCUUGACAGUAAAGUUCGUUUAGGUAGAUGGGUCUUGACAGUAAAGGUCAUUAAGGUAGAUGGGUCUUGACAGUAAAGGUCAUUUAGGUAGAUGGGUCUUGACAGUAAAGGUCAUUUAUGUUGAUGGGUCUUGACAGUAAAUGUCAUUUAGGUAUAUGGGUCUUGACAUUUAAGGUCAUUUAGGUAGAUGGGUCUUGACAGUAAAGGUCGUUUAGGUGGAUGGGUCUUGUCAGUAAAGGUCAUUUAGGUAGAUGGGUCUUGACAGUAAAGGUCAUUUAGGUAGAUGGGUCUCGACAGUAAAGGUAAUUAAGGUAGAUGGGUCUCGACAGUAAAGGUCAUUUAGGUAUAUUUGUUCUUGACAGUAAAGGUCAUUUAGGUAGGGGUCUUGACAGUUAAGGUCAUUUAGGUGGAUGGGUCUUGACAGUAAAGGUCAUUUAGGUAGAUGGGUCUUGACAGUAAAGGUCAUUUAGGUAGAUGGGUCUUGACAGUAAAGGUCAUUUAAGUAGAUGGGUCUUGACAGUAAAGGUCAUUUAGGUAGAUGGGUCUUGACAGUAAAGGUCAUUUAGGUAGAUGGGUCUUGACAGUUAAGGUCAUUUAGGUACAUGGGUCUUGACAGUUAAGGUCAUUUAGGUAGAUGGGUCUUGACAGUAAAGGUCAUUUAGGUAGAUGGGUCCUGACAGUAAAGGUCAUUUAGAGAGAUGGGUCGUGACAGUAAAGGUCAUUUAGGUAGAUGGGUCUUGACAGUAAAGGUCAUUUAGGUAGAUGGGUCUUGAGAGUAAUUCUAAUAUUAUUGAAGCCUGUCGUGCAGGGGUGGACUGGGGAGUUCAAGCGGCCCGGCAGGGGUGGACUGGGGAGUUCAAGCGGCCUGGCAGGGGUGGACUGGGGAUUUCAAGCGGCCCGGCAGGGGUGGACUGGGGAGUUCAAGCGGCCCGGCAGGGGUGGACUGGGGAGUUCAAGCGGCCCGGGAAAAAAAUCAAAAACUGCCCCUAUCUUCAUGACUUUUAUUUUUAUUAUAUCACCGGUCCUUGCGACCCAUCGGGAAUCUUCCCGGUGUCCCGGCGGCCCAGUCCACCCCUGUCAUCGUGCUAGUAAUAUUAAUACUAUAUAAAUAAUUAUAAUUUUCAAUUGACCAAAUAAAAGUUCAAAGAUAAAAUUUAAUCUUUAAUCAAAAGAUUAUUUCCAGAAAGACUUGACGUAGCUUUUGAAUAUGUUAUAAAUGUAAAAAUGACAUAUUUGGUGAAGCCAUUAUUUGUUUUUGUUUAUUAUUUCUAGGAAAAGAUGACAUAUUUGGUGAAGACAUCAAAGAAAACAACUCUCUCCAAGGCCAGUCCAUGUACUGUGUUAGAGCCCUGUCCUAUUGUGACAUCAACAAAAUUGAUUUGUUAGAUCUGCGAGAAAUACUUCAUACCUAUCCUGAGUUCGCAGAAUCUUUUUUACAGAAAUUUCAAGUUACCUUCAACCUAAGAAAGGUAACCCAUGCUUCAGUCCACGGAUUAAAUUCAUAA